ACGGAGGGAAGCCUCCUGGAAUCACCCAUCAGCCUCUUAUUAAGAUGACUGUGCUGUGGGGAGGGUGUCGCAGGGAACGGGAGAGGACGGUGACUGUCUGUUUCAGCCUUUUAAAAUGGCGAAUGAAAAGAAUCAAGUCCUGGGCGGCGGGAGAGGGCCUGAUCCUUUGCUCCGAAGAGCGUGCAGUCGCUAGUAGGUCAGCUCUAGAGAGCCGCGCCUACGUCCCAGCUACCAAGCUACAACGCUCUACUAGGAAUCAGAUGGGAUCAAGCAGAGCAGUUCUUUAGAAGUGGCCAUACAAACAACUGGGCAGUUUUGGUUUGUACAUCCAGAUUCUGGUUUAAUUAUCGACAUGUUGCGAAUACUCUUUCUGUUUAUAGAAGUGUCAAGAGGCUAGGUAUUCCUGACAGCCACAUUGUUCUGAUGCUUGCAGAUGAUAUGGCAUGCAACCCUAGAAAUCCUAAACCAGCUACAGUGUAUAGUCACAAGAAUAUGGAACUGAAUGUGUAUGGAGAUGAUGUAGAAGUGGAUUAUAGAAGUUAUGAGGUAACCGUGGAGAAUUUUUUACGGGUGUUAACUGGGAGGAUUCCAUCUAGCACGCCUCGGUCAAAACGUCUUCUUUCUGAUGAUCGGAGCAAUAUUCUUAUUUAUAUGACAGGACAUGGUGGAAAUGGUUUCUUGAAAUUUCAAGAUUCUGAAGAAAUUACCAACAUAGAACUUGCAGAUGCUUUUGAACAAAUGUGGCAGAAAAGACGCUACAAUGAACUACUAUUUAUUAUUGAUACUUGUCAAGGAGCAUCCAUGUAUGAGAGAUUUUAUUCUCCUAACAUAAUGGCUUUAGCUAGUAGCCAAGUGGGAGAAGAUUCACUUUCGCAUCAACCUGAUCCUGCAGUUGGAGUCCAUCUUAUGGAUAGAUACACAUUUUAUGUCUUAGAAUUUUUGGAGGAAAUUAAUCCAGCUAGCCAAACUAAUAUGAAUGACCUUUUUCAGGUAUGCCCCAAAAGUCUGUGUGUGUCUACUCCUGGACAUCGCACUGAUCUUUUUCAGAGGGAUCCUAAAAAUGUCCUGAUAACUGAUUUCUUUGGAAGUGUACGAAAAGUGGAAAUUACAACAGAGACUAUUAGUUUGCAACCAGAUUCAGGAGUCGUGGAAAGCAGCUAUAAGAAAGACCAGAUGGUUGAGGAACUAAUGGAACCUCUGAAAUAUGCUGAACAACUUCCUGUAGCUCAGAUAAUACACCAGAAACUCCUGUAUAUCCUGACUUGUCACUUACCUCUUUGCAGCAGGCCCUCAGAGCUAUCUGAGAGGCUGUAUCCUGGACACAAGUCUUCAAAACCAAAGCUGAAGGAUUGGCAUCCUCCUGGGGGUUUUAUUCUGGGAUUGUGGGCACUCAUUAUCAUGGUUUUCUUCAAAACUUAUGGAAUCAAGCAUAUGAAGUUCAUUUUCUAAACGUGGUGAUGUAUGAAGACUGCAUGAAAGGCUACAACAUUGGAUAUAAGUUCAUGUCAAUAUAUUUUCAAAAAUGUAUUGUUCUUGUGUGACUUGGCAGAAAGUAUAAGCAAACUGUAAAUUUGAAUGAACUAUUGGUUUUAUAACUUAAAGAAAAAUUAUUGUUAAUGCAAGCGCUAAAUGGCAUUAAAUAUAUUUCAGUUUUUCAUUUUGUGUGUUACUAAAAUAUUGGGAUAAAGAGAUCACAAUAUUCUCACUGACUCUUUCUGAAAAUAAGAAUUUCCCUUUGUUUAAUCCCCUUUCAUUUGGAAAAGAAAAAAAUGUGAAGACAUUAAAUUCUCUAUUUUUAUGUAUA